AUGUCACAAUUUAUCCAUGAUGGCCUCAUACGUCUGGUGAUCGAUUCACUGAUCCUCAUCGGAGUCGCAAGUAUAUUGGGCUCGGUCUUCAAUCUUCGUACGUUUUUCGCCGUCUAUGUUCUUGGAGGUUUCCUUGCGGCAACUGCGGACUGUGCGUGGGCUCAAAUUACCAAACCGUGCCGAAAUUUUUCACGAGCACAAUGUGAUGAAGCCUCCACGUCUGCUAGCCUGAUAAAUGACGCCUCUGCCGAAAUUGCCAGACUCAGCGCCUCCUCACGGGUCUACACUAUCAGAGGUUUUGGCAAGCUACUGAUUAAUUCGGAGGAUUUUGAGGAGUUGAAGAGACAAUGUAAGGUGGUGGAAACGUACUGCCCUCAAGUAAAAGACUGGGAUAGAUGGAGCAAGCAAAUUUGGGCGGCGAGUGGAUCUUUAGUCUGCCUAUUAAGCGUUGCAACAUUGAUAAGACCGCGGACCAUCAUAAUUUUUAUUGGGCGUCAGGGCAAGCGUCCAGUUAUACAAGCUAAAUGCGGGCAUUUUUGUCUUCAAUCUUUGCAUGCCGUUUGCGACCAUUUCUCGCUGGAAUCACCUGGACUGUUUGGGGGUCACAUAGGAGUGUUGGCGUCAGGUUUGAAAGCAUUGGACGCAUUGAAUAAGCACGCAAGAAGGCUCUCGGUGGACUGGCCAUUUGCGAUGGCCGUCUUCGCUAUUUGCGCUAUGGGAGAUGUGAUUGUGUAUGCCCAUCGAACCACGAAGACCGGAGCGCAAGACUCGAAGGCAGCAAGAGUACCAGAUCAACGUGCAGACGAGACUGGGAAACCCCUAACAGGAGAAACGAAAGAGAAUACAGCCAACGACAUAGAGACGCAGGAAGGCACUUCAGCCAACCGGCGGGCAGCUGGAAAUGAUGACAGGGCUUCGGAAAAUGACCGAGAAUAG